AUGGAGCAUCAGCAGCAGCAGCAGCAGGAGGUGAGGAGGAAGAGGAACGGCGUGCUGCAGGUGCAGGACGGCUCGGAGAUCCGGGCUCUCGUGGAGAGCAAGGAGGCGUUCACUAGGUUCGUUGACGACCGAUUCCGGAAGCUCGACGCUGAUGGCGACGGGAGGCUGUCGGUGAAAGAGCUCCAGCCGGCCGUUGCUGACAUCGGUGCCGCCAUAGGGCUGCCGGCGAGAGGGUCGUCGCCGCAGGCGGACCACAUCUACGCGGAGGUCCUAAACGAGUUCACUCAUGGGAAGCAAGACUCUGUGAGCAAGCCAGAGUUCCAGCGCGUGCUGUCCGACAUACUCCUUGGGAUGGCGGAUGGGCUGAAGAGGGACCCGAUUGUGAUCCUUAGGAUAAACGGAGAGGACCUGAAUGAGUUCGUUGAGAGUCCGAGGUAUGAGCCUGAAGCCAUGGCCAUAUUUUCACAAGUGGGGUCUGCCAACAACGCAACGCUGCACCAGUGCUUGUUGGCCGCUCUUGGACAGCUCACGGUCGACCACGGCAUGCCACCAGCUUCUGAUUCCUGGGUCAUGGAGAAUGUUGUGGAGCCUGUGUUGCAAGAACUGUCUGCUAAUCAGCUCGAUCAGCCUGUUUCCCAGGAAGUCUUCUUCCAAGAAUUCAGGAAAUUUCUGGGCAUCAUCGCUCUAAGACUGCAACAGCACCCUGUGAUCGUCGCCCAUACAGAGAAUACCUUUGACGGGAGUGGUAUCAGGAGGCUACUGUCGAACAAGUUCGAAUUCGACAAGCUCCUGGAUUCUGUGUGGAGAGACGUUCCGAAAGAACAGAAAGAUAAAACGUCGAAGGAGUACCUCCGGAUUGCGCUUGAUAGGAUUGCCGAUUUGGCAAGUCUGCCACCUUUUGGAGCCGUCGAUCAGAUGGAUGCUGUGGUGAACGAAGCAUUCAAGAUGGCGAAAGCUGAUGACCUGAAGGCCGUGGACGAAGCAGAGUUCAAGAAGCUGCUGACAGAGAUUCUUGGGGCCAUCAUGCUGCAGUUGGACGGCAACCCGAUCGCUGUCUCAACCAACACCGUCGUCCAUGAGCCCAUGUCCACCACCUCCACCCUGUUGUCACCGACGCCGCUGUCUCCAAUGGUGUCCUCACCAAGUGAAUAA